UAAGCGAUUUGUAAACCGGGAUUUUUGUUACCUCGUGUAUUGUCGCCAUUGGAAAUUGUAUUCAAAAAUUUGCAUUUAGCUUGUACUGUGAAGUAAUUUGUAUUCAGCGAGUUAAAAAAUUUCUUUUCAGUUUGGAACUGUGCGAAUCAUACAGUUAACCAUUAUCUACACCGAACGAUUUAAUAAACCUGAAUUUUUGCUUAUCUUGUAUUGUCGCCAUUGAGCAAAGUACUGAAAAUUUCUGUUCAUCUUUUAACUCAUUAAAAUAAUGGGUCCACCAGGAUUCACACCACGUGGUGGAGGACGAGGCGGCGGAAACAGAGGUGGAUUUCGCGGAGGUCGUGGUGGCGGUGGAGACCGCGGCGGUUUCAGAGGUGGAAGAGGAAGCUUUCGUGGAGGAUUUCGCGGGGGUGAUCGUGGUGGAUUUCGCGGUGGAAGAGGUGGAGAUCGUGGAGGCAGAGGUGGAGAUCGUGGAAGCAGAGGUUUUCGUGGUAGAGGAGGUGGAAGAGGCAGAGGCGGUGGAGGUCGUGGUGGCAAGAAAACUGUAGUCGAACCUCACAGGCAUGAAGGAAUAUUUAUCUCUCGUGGAUUACAGGAUACUUUGCUUACACUUAAUCUUCUACCUGGAGAUUCUGUUUAUAAUGAGAAAAGAGUUACAGUUGAAGAUGAAAAUGGUAAACAUGAGUACAGAACCUGGAAUCCUUUUCGAUCUAAACUUGCUGCUGCAGUUAUGAACGGUGUAGGAGAUACACAUAUGAAAAGAGGAUCACGUGUAUUAUACCUUGGUGCUGCUUCAGGUACUACAGUGUCUCACGUAUCGGAUAUUGUGGGACCAGAAGGAAUUGUUUAUGCUGUAGAAUUUUCACAUCGGUCUGGAAGAGAUCUUCUCUGUGUUGCUCAGAAGAGAUCAAACAUUGUUCCUAUUAUUGAAGACGCCAGAGUCCCAGCUAGAUAUCGCAUGAUUGUAGGCAUGGUAGAUGUUAUUUUUUCUGAUGUUGCUCAACCUGAUCAAGCAAGGAUACUUGCAUUAAAUGCCCAGCAAUACCUUAAAGAUGAAGGACAUUAUAUAAUAUCUAUCAAAGCCAAUUGCAUUGAUUCAACUGCAAGUCCAGAAGCUGUCGUUGCAAAUGAAAUAGAAAAACUUCGUGCUGAUAAACUUAAACCACUUGAAUCGGUGACAUUAGAACCAUAUGAAAGAGAUCAUACUGUUAUUAUUGGAGUAUACAGACCCCGACCAAAAGAUGAAAAUGCUGAAUAGCAGUUGUAAGUUGAAUAUGAAAGAUGAAUAUUUUGGGAUUUUUUAAUAAAAUAAAUUUUUGUUAAAUUUAA